GAUGUCCCCACAUCCCUGUGUCCCCACAUCCCCACAAUGUCCCCAUAUCCCAUCCCUGUGUCCCCACAUCCCCACGAUGUCCCCAUGUCCUCCCCAUGUCCCCAUGGUGUCCCCGUGUCCCCACAUCUCCACGAUGUCCCUAUGAUGUCCCCAUAUCCUUGUGUCCCCAUGUCCCUAUGGUGUCCCCACAACGUCCCCAUGUCCCUGUGUCCCUUGUCCCCAUCAUGUCCCCACGUCCCUUAUCCCCUUACCCUCAUGUCCCCACGAUGUCCCCACAUCCCUGUGUCCCCACGUCCCCACGAUGUCCCCAUGUCCUCCCCA